AUGUGGCUUACAACACAAUUUUGGAAUUUAAAAUUACCUACAGCAAGUAAAGAUACAUUAUUCUUUGAUCCCGAUACCCAUCCAAUUUGUGCAGAUUUUAUCAUCGAAAGAUGGAUAUACUAUAAUGGUGGGUGUCCAAAUAGCUUGGAAGAAUACAUGAUGCUUGUAAAAGAAUCUCCUUUUGGGUCCAUAAUUUCCCCUCAGAAGUUUCGUCAUAAUUUUGUGUAUGAUUCUCGUGAGAUAUUUCGACUUAGCAAUCAUAUGAUCGGUAUAUUGUUAGCUAGUUUACUAGUUAACUAUUUAGAAGGAAUUUUACUAAAAUAUCCAAUUUUAAGAACAUUAAUCAAAUUAAGUAAACUUCAUACAAAUUUUGGGUUUACGGACAAAAUAGUUAAGACUGCAGACCAAGGUUUAUUUUAUACACCACUUGAUCACAGUAAAUUAGUUCAAGAAGCCUUGGAUUUGAUGAAACAAGGAAAAAUACCGAUUAUAACAUGCCCUCCUGGUGGUGGAAAAUCAACACAUUUUGCUGCUCAAUUUCAAGCGCAAUUCAAAUGUUCAGUGCUAUCACAACCUAGACGUUUAUUAGUAACAAAUCACCCAUCAACAUGGCCUAAAUUAUAUUCAGGUUGCACUGAUGAAUUUGAUGAUAAUGGACCAAAUAUAAGCACUCAUGGUUAUUUAUUGGCUAUAAACAAAAAAUUUGAAACUAAAGAUUUUGUAAUUGGAAUAGAUGAAGUACAUGAAAUGGAUGAAGAUUCACUCAUUUUAAUGGAACGAUAUAAAGGACAUAUAUAUUGUUUGAGUGUGACACCAAUACCAAUCCCAAAUGGUGUAGAGGUAAAACUUAAAAAAACUUGUAACCCAUACUCAGUUACUGAAUUACCUACACCAACACAUCAUCAUUUAGAAAGCAAUGUGUUUCAUUAUUUGAAUAUGUUUCCAAAUCAUAAAACAUUAGUUAUUCAUCUUUCAUAUAGCGUUUGUGUAAAAUUACAUGAUACGUUACGAAACAAUGAUGUAGAAGUAAUUUUCGCUACUAGUGUAGUGGAAGCAGGUAUCACUAUCCCAAAUAUUAAUUUAGUGAUAGAUAGUGGUUUAAGUAUAGGUAAAUUUAAUGGUGUUUAUGUUACUCGUUAUUCUAGUAGAGCUAGUGCCAUUCAAAGGACAGGUCGAACUGGUAGAACUAAUGAUGGAAGAGAAGAAGAAACAAUGAUGAUGAUUGAUGACAGUGACGAUUCAAGACGGGGGCGU